UUGCAGGAUCAAACUUAAAAAAAGCCGUUGUCUUGUUCAAAACGCCAACCCCCAAUUCCAUAUUUCGGAAUUUCCAUUCCCGGUUAUGCUUUUAUCUCUUCACUAGCAAUUUAGGGCUAAAUUAGGGUUUUAGUUUUUCAUCUGUUUAUUUGUUACAAGAUCGAUUGGUUCCUUGUAUCUUGCAGUUCCAAUUGACUGAUUAUUACUACUACACAAAUUCUCCAAUUUAGGGUUUAGUUACCUCUCACAUGAUUUAUGUUGGUAUGAUAAUUAAUCAGCAUCUGUAUAAUCUUUUUCAUAUUUAAUUUUGUAGAUCAUAAUCACAAUUUUAAGUAAAUGCAGUUGAUUGAGAAUCCUAGGGUUUUUUGCAUGGGAUCAUCUUUUUGAGAGAGAUUUUUUGUGUUUAAGUGGUGGGGAAUCUAGAAAUGAGUAAGAAAGGAUUGAUUUAUAGCUUUGUUGCAAAAGGGACUGUUGUGUUAGCUGAACACACAGCUUACUCUGGAAAUGUCAGUACGGUUGCCGUUCAGUGCUUACAGAAACUGCCUUCUUCUGGGAGCACCAAGUACACGUAUUCCUGUGACGGAUACACCUUCAACUUCUUGCUUGAUAGUGGCUUUGUUUUUCUCGUUGUUGCGGAUGAAACGAUUGGACGGAGUGUGCCAUUUGUGUUUCUAGAAAGAGUGAAAGAUGACUUCAAGAAACUUUAUGGAGCAAGUAUUGGAAGCGAUCACCCACUUGCUGAUGACAGUGAUGAUGAUUUAUUUGAAGAUCGGUUUAGUAUCGCUUACAAUCUUGAUAGGGAGUUCGGGCCAAAGAUAAAGGAGCAAAUGGAGUAUUGUUUAAAUCAUCCAGAUGAAAUGAGUAAACUGUCUAAACUGAAAGCUCAGAUAACAGAGGUUAAAGGGAUUAUGAUGGACAACAUUGAGAAGGUUUUGGAUCGUGGUGAGAAGAUUGAAUUACUAGUUGACAAGACAGAAAACCUUCAGUUCCAGGCAGACAGCUUCCAAAGGCAAGGAAGGCAACUAAGAAGGAAGAUGUGGUUACAGAAUCUUCAGAUGAAGCUUAUGGUAGGUGGAGCCAUUGCUAUUUUUAUCAUCAUAGUCUGGCUCAUGGCUUGUAGAGGGUUCAAAUGUUAAAAGCUUUUUAUAGUCAGGUUCAUACAUCUUUUUUUUUUUUUUUUUCUAAUAGUUUUUGGUGUAUAAAUCACACAUUCGCCUUGCUGUUCUUGUAUAUGCUUGUCUGAUUUUCUGCAUAAUGAAAUAACUCAAAUCUGUUUGUGAAUCUUGUUUUUCCAUUUAAACGGUAUUUUUCUACUUUUAUUGAA